AUGCGCGAACACAUCCAUUCCUUCGUGACAGUUCAACUAAGGAAUGCACUCAUAGGGUUUUUAUUGGGAACACUUGCUCUAGGAGUUAAGGCGGAAGACGCAUGGCAUACCGCAAAUGCUCAGGCAGCUGCAAACCAGUCGCUAUACUGGGGCACCUAUAGACCAAACCUGUAUUUUGGUACUCGUACGCGAAGUCCGAAUACCUUGUUGACUGGUCUAAUGUGGUAUGGUGUUAACGAGAUAUCACCCGCAACCAUACAAAAUAUAAGACAUACGUGCGAGCAGGGCGAUGGCCUAUCUGGUUACUCCUGGCAAAAGCAUGAUGGUCGGACAUAUGGUACACAAGGCAUUCGGGAUCCGCUCAAUCACAUCAUCAUCCAAACCGAUUUUAUCAAAAACCCUGAAGGGGAGCAUGGGGGCGAUUGGGUUGUCCGUGUAACAGGCAGUGCUUUGGAAGAUUCUGAAAUAUCAGAUUCAGAUAUAUCAGUACUCUUUUACAUUGGAAUGGAUGGGGAGGGUGAAAUGAAUCUGGAGCAGUCAGGUUCGGAGCCAACAUUCUUACGAGGCAAAACUAGAGAGCUGGGGGAGUUUGCGGUGACCAUUGUCGACCAUCCUGAUAAUCGAUCGCCGCGGGGCGGUCCGUAUCCGUCGACCUACGAUCUUCCAGAUCUUUCUGAAACGCACGUGGCAGGGUUCGACCUGCCCAGCGAACACAUCUGGCAAAUAAAAGAUGCCGUUCAGCGCCGAAUUUUAUCAGAUGCACAAGAGAAACUCUUAAAGUACCGGGAUCCACCUCCACAUCCUGCCCACGUUUUCUUCCUGGAAGAUCGGCCAGCAUCCAGCUGCAAUGUAUAUGUAUUCCAAAAAAUUCUGAAACCACCAUUUCAGUUCGACGUAGUUUUCCUCUCUAAAUCUGCCAGAUCUCAUGGAGGGAGUCCCAAUGCUGCAGAUGCCGAUCGAUUCUCCGGCGCAGUUUUGAACGGCAUUUUGAACUCCGCCUCUCAAAAGUUCGAUUCUCGUUUUGAGGAUUCUUUUCGUCUAUAUGAGAAAGGGUUCAAUGACACGCAGGUUGCUUUUGCACAGUCGUUGCUGGGUAAUAUGAUUGGGGGUCUUGGAUAUUUCUACGGCACAAGCAUUGUCGACAGGGCCCUUAAAAAGGUCGAUGUGACAGAGCCGGUAGACUACAUUCAGGAGAUGGAUGACUUGUCAGACGACUACUUCGACGCCGACAUGCUGGAAACGGCAGGACCGCAGCCCGCACCUCAACAUGAAGGUCCAACUUCGUUGUUCACAGCCGUACCUAGCCGCCCCUUUUUCCCUAGGGGGUUUCUUUGGGACGAAGGUUUCCAUCAACUGCUUAUAGGCCAAUGGGAUAAUGACUUGAGCCUGGAUGUCGUUGCCCACUGGGCAGCCCUCAUAGAUGACGACGGAUGGGUUGCACGUGAGCAGAUAUUGGGAGAAGAAGCACGGAGCAAGGUGCCUGCUGAAUUCCAAACCCAAUAUCCCCACUUCGCGAAUCCUCCCACCCUCGUUAUGAGUAUUAAAGCCUUCAUGGAGCGUUUACGCGCUCAAUCUCAAGCGCUGCAGGAAGGUGGUUUGCGCAGCGUGGCUGCCACUGAUAUCAAUGUUGUAAUAAAUCGCCACCUUCUGGACAAAGAGCUCGCCAUGUCGUUUUUGCGGGACAUUUACAGGAGGUUUAAGAAGCAGUACGAAUGGUUCCGCGAAACGCAGUGGGGUGAUGAGAGAGUUGGCGGCCGCAAAGCUCGGGGAGGAGAGGGAUAUCGCUGGCGCGGUCGACAGGGAAUUCAUACUUUAACUAGUGGAUUGGAUGAUUACCCCAGGGCCGUACUUCCUCAUUCUGGGGAAUUACACGUAGACCUCCUUUCAUGGAUGGCGUUCUACGCAAGAACACUGAAAGAAAUUGCCCAGGAAAUCGGUGAAAAAGAGGACACAGGUCUGCUCUUCGAGGACGAGAGACGUAUGCUGCAAAGCUUAGAAGAUUUGCAUUGGAAUCCAGCGUCCAAGACAUUCUGUGAUUUGUCAAUCGAUGAGAAAGGCCGUUCCUAUUACGUGGUUCACAAGGGCUACGUUAGCUUGUUCCCGCUUCUUCUUGGUCUCCUUGGUCCGGAUUCCCCAUAUUUGGGGUCAGUUUUAGACUUGAUGGAAGAUCCAAGACACUUGUGGACUCCGUUCGGAUUAGCAUCCUUAAGCAAAGAUGAUGAAUACUACAACACAGGGGAAAAUUAUUGGCGUGGGCCAAUUUGGAUAAAUAUCAACUAUCUUGCGCUUUCCAGCUUAUACAAGAACUAUAUUCAUGAACCUGGACCCCACCAGGAAAGGGCGCAACGUAUAUACCGCGAGCUGCGCAGGAACCUAAUAGAGAAUGUUUUUAAGGAAUACCGCCGUACCGGAUAUGUCUGGGAACAGUACUCCUCUAUCGACGGGACUGGAAAGCGAUCCCAUCCUUUUACGGGCUGGACCGCACUCAUAGUGCUUAUAAUGGCUGAGAUAUACACGUAA